CGGCUUUCCUAUGUGGCGGACGUAUAAUUGGGAACAGCGAGGCUCCCCUUGUUGCUUAUUCUCCUCAUUUCUUUUCCAUCGAGAUGCCAUCCCCGAAAUCCUCAAUCUGCUACCAGUUCGCUGACACUGGUACUUGUCGCUUUGGAGAUAGCUGCAAGUUCAAGCAUACCGCUCGAUCCGUCACUAGCCCCAGAGGUGGAUCCCAUCGUAAGCGCAGCAAUGUCGUGACGAGUCGCUUCGAGGGUGCCCCUCUGGACGACUUCUUUACCCAGUACCUUUCCAAUGGCUUCGAUUACAACCCUCACAACUCCUCUCACCACGAGUAUAGGCGCCUCUGCCGCCACAUGGAAUGGGAUCGCUAUGACCCUGAGAGAGAGGAAGCGCGGGAGCAGUUCAAAGAUGCGCUCACGCAGCAAUUCAGUGUCAUGUACGGGGAGGACGAGAACGAACUUGCAGCCUGGCAAUCACUAUGCGAGGCUGUGGAGUUGGAUGGUGUCCCAGAUAAUUUGGAUGAAUGCCGCGAUGCUAUCCGGUUCACAUUUGUAAACCUCGUCGAUCUAGUCGAUACCCAAAGAACUGGCAAUUCCGUCGAACGUUUCGACUCGGAGGUAGCCCUCAGCUCGUACACGAUGGCUCAGGGGAAGUUCUUUCCCGCUGACAGUGCGUAUCAGACAGGGCUGCUUAGGUACCUUCUCCGUCACAUCUUGUCACCUGACGCCAAGUAUCGUACUAGUCGCGGCAAAAACUCAAAGGGACAAAGACGCCGUUAAAAAGUAUAAUUGUACGAUUAUGAUUUGAAUGUUAGAUCUUGAUAUUGAUGCACAAAUAACAUAAGAAUGCCAGGUUGUACUAGAGUGCUGUAUCUUCUUGGCACCACGAG